AUGAGCGAGAGGCGGAAGGACAAUCCGUUACGUCUCAUCGCCAGUCUUCAUUUGUUUUUAGCUAUUUUAGUCAAUUGUGAUAUUCAACCCAGAUUCUCAUGUUACAAUCACUACCUCGCUGGAAUUCAUAGAAGUUCAGUACUUCCGAUAGCCGGACAUCAUCAUUCAGUCCAGUCAAAUGUUCAAUGUAUAUUCGAGAAUGACGUGGCAUUCACAGAAAUUCACUCGGCACUGGAGAACUCACAUCAAGUGAUGGCGAAGAAAUCCGUCAAUUUUCAAGUGCUCGACCUAUACCAUCUCCGAGAACUCGUCCGUCGUUCCCAGUGCACCCAAACCCUGACUGUCAACUGGAAAAGUGCUCCUGAAGCAGGGAAAGGAGGGAUUCGAGUGGUCUCACUUCUCAAUGAAACGACAAGAAUCGAGUAUAGUGGAGAGGAACGACAAGACUUUCUCUUCGAUGAAUCAUUCGCUGGUGUCCGACAUCUGAUUCCAGAUGAAGAUGACUACGAAUUCAAUCCGACCGUCACGACGACUCGUCUCCUCUGCAAACAUAUCACCCAACCGGAAUGCCUUGUUCGAGGAAAAUUCGAAGUGGAUUUGGAAGCGAAUCUCGAAUGGAAUUAUGCAUUUGCAUUCAAGACUGAUACAACAAAUCAGACACUUUUCUCACUUCGAUCCGGGGAUUCCAUUUCUGAAGUCCGUUUGGAGAACGACUUCUUCAUCAGAACAGAUGGCGGAGUCCCAGUUGCAGUCAGUCAUUUAUCAGAUGCCACGUGGCAUACUGUAAUUGUGAAACAUAGUGAACCGGAUAGUCAUUUCUUGAAAAUUGAUGAUUUCCCAGAGAUCGAGCUGACAAAAUCGAUUAUUGAUGAUACGGAUAAAACUGUCACCUUGACAAUAUCCGUAAAUGGAAACAUUCAAUUGAUCGAUCCAACAGAUACAAACGAUGACUGCAUGUACAGUUUUGAUAAGCCACAGAAGAGAUUGCAAGAAACUGUGAGCACCCGAUCGAUGUGUGUUGGCUGUGGAUGUUCAAAGUUGAGUGGAACAUUCGAUGGAUUGAGUAAAUGUGAUGAGGAAGAAGAGGGAGCAUUCAGUUUAAGAAGAGAUCUCGAUCGACUCUCGUUCCUUCAUUUCGAAGAUUCUUUCGAUGUUGAUUCGAAUGGAGCAGCCAUCCCUGCAAUCUCCACAAACUUCAAAUCCGAUUCAGAUGUCGGUUUGAUUUUCUUUGGUUACUGGCAGAAUUUCAAUGGGAAAGGACGUCUUCAAGUGUAUUAUCACUAUGAUUCCAUUUCUGCAGUCUACUGUAAACACGCUGAAGAAAAAGAUGAAGAAUGUUCCGCAUGCACUUUGAAGAAUCCACGUGGAUUUGGAAGAGACGAAUGGAUUCAAACGAUUCUUUGGGGUGGUGGAGAUGAGAUAUAUCUGGCAGUCGAUUCAUCUGUUUGUCGUCUUCAAUCGUCUGCUAACGUCAGUUUGGCAGAAGUUUACGCAAUCCCUCAGAUAUCUCAGGGGGCGGGGCUAUUUGUGGGUGGAACAUGGCAUGAGAAGAAGCGACGUGGAUUGUAUCGAUCGGAAGCCGAGCAGAAGUACUUUGAGAAUACGAGAGAAAAGGCGCCAGUACUCAGAGGAUGUGUGAAGGAUGUGUUCGUUCGAGGAACCAAAGUGGAUAUCUCAUCGAGUUUUGAGGCUCAGAAAGAGGCGAUGCUCAAUGAAGUAUACGAUUCGAAUGCGUUCGCAGUGAGGAAGGAUUGUCCGAAGUGUCAACCGAGUUGUUCGGAAAACACGAGAUGUAGAUCACAAGGACCGUUGCAGUCAUCUCCGAUGAUUUGUGAUUGUGCUGAUGAGUUGCAAUUCAAUAGUUCCGAAGGAAUUUGUGAGAAAAAGAGAGAUUCCACACCAGUUGCCCUGUCCUCUGCAUUCCUAUCCCAAAACCAAAUUGUCUUGGAUAUCCAAAACACUAAGGCAGUUUUAAGCAAAGUCUGGCUGAAAUUCGCCCUUCCAAAACAGAUCAAUCAAGCACAGAGGAUUGUGGAGUUCAACUCUCAUCGAGAGACAUUAUUCAACAUCAACCUAGAAACCGAUGGAACUCUCAACGUACAACUCCACGGGCAGGACACUGCUUCUCGCCAACUGGAUCUCCUGGACGAUCGUGUCCAUCUUCUUCAGCUUCAACGGCGGACACCGAUGGGUACACGACACUCGGCUAAGAAAUAUGAUCUUUAUAUUGAUGGAUGGCAUACUGUAGUAUCAGACAUUGGAAAAUUGGUAUUGAACAAUGUGUCAGUGUCAGCUGCGGAGACGGAAGACGAGUGGAGUUCAGUUAUUGUUCAUGAUUUCGGUCUCUCCUACGAAUACGAUGAGCACUUUGCUGUCCUCCACCCAUCGAAUGUGAUCCAUCAAGUCGAUCUACACUCUCAACUCCUUCCAUACCAAAUCCGUGCUCCCGAUCUUUCGAAAUCUGGAAUUCUGGAUGAUUCUCUCUGGGAAAAACCAGUAUUCACAUCUGAAACCGAGGGCGGAACUCCGAUUUUGGAGUCGUCGCCUCACGGAGAUAUAGUGGAUUUCACAGCAGAUAUUAUUGAGCCAGAGCAGUUGUUAUCCGCCCGUUGGAUCCUCUACUCUGUCGGCCUCACAAUCCUCCUCUGCCUCCUUAUUCUAGUAUGUGUUGUCUGCUAUUGGUGUGUCCUCCGACCGAGAUCAAUGCGAAGAACUGAUAGUGGAUCUCAAAGAACCAUAAUGAGAGAUAGUCCAGACUAUGCUCCAGUUAAAAUGAGAAGGGAGAGUUUGAGUGGAGUAUCGAUGGGGGAUGAUGAUGGAUCAAUCGGAACGGAUGAUACUGAUCUACAAGCCUAUCGAGAUAUUCCAUCUCAUCGUGUCAAGAUUUAUAGGGAAUCCAUGGUCUCAAUACUAGUCCCCUCAAUAGACCAGCCAGCUGAAGCAGCAAUUGUAAAAAGAACAAACUCCACAAUAUCAGACCAAACGUCAGUCCGACCGCAGGAUUCACAUGCUCCACUGGUUCGAGUGAACGAUGAUUAA